AUGGCACAUUGUCUCCUGCGAGCGCGAAGUACUAUCUUCCCCAAAGCCUCCCCCGUUUUGCAAUUUCUGCGGUACAAACAUGCUGGCCAGGCAAUGACGAUGCCGUCGUCGUCGAGGGUACAGCGGAGUGCGUCGGUGGCUCAAAGGGAGCUUAUUGGAGAUGCGACAACAGACAUUGGGCUACUUACUGAUACAUUUAUUAUGCCCACUGGGGCGAACUUGCCUUCGUUAUUCAGCAAGCCGGGGGAGCGCCUCUCCUUGAUCAAGUUCCGAAUAAAGCAGCGCCUCUAUGAUAUAAGAGAUAUGGCGGUCUUCAAAUGGACUACAAAACAGAAACUUCGGAUUUGGGAGCCUAAAAAAGUAGCGCCGUCGCUUCACAAGGACAUGUACACCGCUUUCGCCGAUGGAGAUUUAGACAGUCUUCGGCUGCUGUGCGGUGAUGGUCUACUAAACUCGUUUCAGAAGCGAAUCGCAGCGCGGAGACACACUCAAAUGAAAUGGAAGCUACACAAAUUGUUAAGUAGACCAAAAGUCGUCUCUAACAAAGCACAUCACUAUAUGGGUUAUGAUCAGGACAGACGGCAAGCUAUUGUCAGGAUCCACUCACUGCAGAGCCUUUCCAAAUUCGACGCUCAAGGAAAACUCCUUAAGGGCGAGCCAAAGGAAGUUGUCGAAUACUUAGUAAUUGAGAAAAACUAUCACAUGGGGAAGGAGAGUCCUUGGUACGUCUGGGGGACAACCGAGGAGACUACAAUGCAACGUUUCAUUGAGGAAAAUAGGAAGAAAGAAGCUAGAACCAAACACGCUUAUCAAUAA